CCAAAAGCAAAAUUUUAAAAAUCAAACAGAACAGUGCAAGACGUGGUUCGAAUUUUUCGGAAAACCUUCGCUGUAUUUCCAAUUUUUUUGUACUAAAAAGUUAAAAUUCCAUCAUCUCCAUCAUCGUAGAAAAUCAGCGUAAACUCAGCCAUGGCCUCUGUCAACAGUAUAACUCUAAAAGACGUCGACCAACAUAAAUUCGUUCGAGCUUUCUCAGCCUUUUUGAAAAAGACUGGAAAAGUCGAAGUUCCAGAUUGGGUAGACUUGGUUAAAAGUGCAAAAUUCAAGGAACUCGCUCCGUACGACCCAGACUGGUUCUAUACCCGAUGUGCUGCCACUGUACGACAUAUUUACUUCAGAGCACCCGUAGGAGUCGGCACAGUCACCAAAAUAUUCGGAGGUCGUAAACGUAACGGUACCAGACCUAGCCAUUAUUGUAAAAGCUCCGGUAGUGUUGCCAGAAGAACGCUGAAGGCUUUAGAAAACUUGAAGCUCAUCGAAAAAGUACCCGAAGGUACAGGAAGACGCUUAACCGCCCAAGGAAGACGUGAUAUUGAUCGUAUUGCCGCUCAAGUUAAACAAGCCAAGGCUAAAAAACAAUAUCAAAUCUCCCAACAAGCCGCCGGCAUUAAAGUUGUACCGCUUCAAUAAUGUAAUAUAUCUCAAAUAUAUUGUAAUUUUUGUUAUU